GCGACUAAUUUUUACACCGAAGAACUUUUAAAUAUAUAUUAGUUAGCCGUGUAGAACUAUAUGUUCAACACAAAUAAGAUCAUUAGCUAGCUACAUAUGCAACUUAACUGCACGGUUUAUUGAAUCAGACUUUUUUUUACACGUGAGCGUUGUGAAAAAUUUUGAUUUGAUUAUCUAAUGUGACAGUUGAUCACUUCCUUUUAAAACUUACCAGAAGACAGAAUUAGUUUUAAUCUCCACUCAUUGAAAGAGAUCAAGAUGUCUUGCCUUUUUAUGGGAGUUUUAAGAAGACGGAGUGGUCUGGGGGCCGCGGUGGGGGUGCGUUCGCUCGCCUCCCUGCCCUCCCUCCCCCCGGCGGUGGCGGAUUUCGUCUCGGGGGCGGUGGCGGAGUGCAAGCCGGCCGAGGUGCACGUGGUGACGGGGACGGCCGAGGAGACGGCCGACAUCCUGGCCGGCCUGGAGCGGGACGGCAUGGUCAAGCGGCUCAGGAAGUACCAGAACUGCUGGCUGGCGCGUACAGACCCUAAGGAUGUGGCCCGCGUGGAGAGUAAGACGGUGAUCGUGACGAAGCGGCAGAGGGACACCAUCCCCAUCCCGACCGGGGGGGCCAAGAGCCAGCUAGGGAGCUGGAUGAGUGAGAGCGACUUCCAGAAGGCCCGGGAGGACCGCUUCCCUGGCUGCAUGGCAGGCCGGAAGAUGUAUGUGAUUCCCUUCAGCAUGGGGCCCGUUGGCUCCUCCCUAGCCAAGUUCGGGGUACAGGUGACGGACUCGCCCUACGUGGUGGCCAGCAUGGGCAUCAUGACCCGCACCGGCACCGCCGUCAUGGAGAAGCUGGCCGAGGGGGCGGAGUUUGUGCGCUGCCAGCACUCGCUAGGACGGCCCCUGCCCCUCAAAGCUCCCCUGAUCAGCUCCUGGCCCUGUAACCCAGAGAAGGUUCUGAUCUCCCACCUCCCGGACUCCAGGCAGAUCUUGUCGUUCGGUAGCGGUUACGGCGGAAACUCGCUGCUGGGCAAGAAGUGCUUCGCCCUGAGGAUCGCCUCCCGCAUCGCCAAGGACGAGGGCUGGCUGGCCGAGCACAUGCUGAUCCUGGGCAUUACCAACCCUCAGGGCGUGAAGCGGUAUGUGGCGGCAGCGUUCCCCAGCGCCUGCGGCAAGACCAACCUGGCCAUGAUGAAGCCCGCGCUGCCCGGAUGGACGGUGGAGUGCGUCGGCGACGACAUCGCCUGGAUGAAGUUCGACAGUCAGGGAAGACUCAGGGCCAUCAACCCUGAGAACGGCUUUUUCGGCGUGGCCCCUGGGACCUCGAUGAAGACCAACCCCCACGCCAUGGCGACCAUCUCGAAAAACACCGUCUUCACCAAUGUCGGGGAGACGAGUGAUGGCGGGGUGUGGUGGGAGGGGCUAGAACCCCCUCCUCCUGGUGUCACGCUCACAGACUGGCACGGGAAAUCAUGGAAACUAGGAGACCCCACCCCCUGCGCCCACCCCAACUCCAGGUUCUGCGCCCCGGCGUCUCAGUGCCCCAUCAUCGACCCCCUGUGGGAGAGCGAGGAGGGCGUGCCCAUCGACGCCAUCAUCUUCGGUGGUAGAAGGCCGGAGGGAGUCCCUCUGGUGUACGAGUCCUUUAACUGGCGCCAUGGAGUUUUCGUGGGGGCGGCCAUGAGGUCUGAGUCCACCGCUGCCGCGGAACACAAAGGCAAGGUCAUCAUGCACGACCCCUUCGCCAUGCGGCCCUUCUUCGGCUACAACUUCGGGGACUACCUGGCCCACUGGCUGAGCAUGGAGACCCGGCCGGGCCCCACGCAGCUGCCCAAGAUCUUCCACGUCAACUGGUUCCGCAAGGACCCGCAGUCGGGCGCCUUCCUGUGGCCGGGCUUUGGCGAGAACGCGCGCGUGCUGGAGUGGAUCUUCCGCCGCUGCGGCCGGCAGACCGAGGACGAGGCGGCGCAGAAGAGCAUGGUGGGCUGGGUGCCCACGGCGGACGCCAUCGACGUGCGUGGCCUCAGCGCCAAGGUGGACAUGGGCGCCCUCUUUAACCUGCCCAAGGCAUUCUGGGAGAAGGAGACCCAGGAGCUCCGCGCGUACUUCACACAGCAGGUGGGGGCGGACUUGCCCCCACAGGUGGAAGGGGAGCUCAGGGCGCUGGAGGAGAGAGUGAGGAAGUGAAGGAUUGCGGGGUGGGGG